AAUUUCGUUUGCUAAACAUAUUUGUUGUUUAGACUAAAAUUGUGAUCAGAGCUGUAAUGAUAUCAACAUAGACCAAAGUGAUGGUAGCCUAUUGACAAUUUUUCUGAGUUUGAUGUGUACUCAUAUCAGUUAUGGGUUUAAUUCUCUCUAGACCAGUCUGCAUUUGGGUUUCGACCAAAAUAGUUUAUAUGGUAGAUCGUAACACAUGAUCGGUUUACCUCUUGAUAGUAAUCGGAAGGUAUUCUAAAUUCGGACCGGACAGUAUGGUAGGUCUGGCCCGAAUUUAAGAAAAAAGUUUGAAAACCUGGUGGUAAUUGCAACCAAGAAUAUUAUAAUCUAAUGAGCAUCAUCAGGAGUCAAUGCUGCUGAAUUACCAUCUCCCAGAAGUCCUCCAUCGUGUAUGGUAAAUGACCUUGUGUCAAUGUAACUAUGAACAGAGAGACGUCUACAAAACAUACCCGUUGCAUAAACCUUUUAAUAUCAAUCACCAGAAAGUUUCAGAAUUACAUAGGAAAAUAGAGUGAUAAAAGUUGUUCUAUUAGAACCGUCACGCUGCCUAACGAAUCCACAGAAGGAAAGAUAAACUACAUGGCACCACAUGAUCUAUCACCAGUGCUAAACUCAGACAAUAACCGGAUCUGAACAAAUCAAACCGAACCGAAAUAAAAUUCGAAAUAGCGUUAGUUAACCAAAUGAAUAUUUUGAAUUUCGGUUCGGUUCGGUUAUUUUCUUCUGAUUUGUUACCAUUUUCAAUUUUCCUUUUUGUUUUGUUAAAUCCUCCUUAAACCCUUCUCCAUUUCGCCUUCCCCGAAACCCUAGAGUAACCAAACUCGCCGCCUCCGAAAUGAAAUCAAUCUUCCGCACCAUCUCCCUCCGCCGUCAACCCAACCGCCGCAUCUUCUCCGAUACACCCGAAGAAACCUACAAAUUCGUAAGAGACAGAGGCCUCGACCACGCCGUCGAAAGAGAGAAGAAUCUCAGACCUCUCCUCAGCAUCAAGGACCUCGUCACAUCGGAGCCUUCCAAAUCGCUCCCGAUCUCCGUCAUCACAGCUCAAAGAGACUCCCUCCGAGUCCCCCUCCGCCCGAUCGAGUUCAUCCGGAGCUUCCCCUCCGUCUUCCACGAGUCCCUCCCCGGAGGAAUCGGCGUCCAGCCUCACAUCAGCCUCACGCCGGAGACUCUCAACCUCGACGCCGAGGAGCAGCUCGUUUACGCGAGCGAGGAUUAUAAACAAGGAUUAGCCGAUAGGCUAUUGAAGCUCCUGAUGAUAAAUCGAAUUAAUAAGAUUCCGUUAGAGAUUCUUGAUUUGUUGAAAUGGGAUUUAGGUUUGCCGAAGGGAUAUGUGGAGACGAUGGUUCCUGAGUUCCCUGAUUACUUCAGAGUUGUCAAAUCGAGGCUGAGAGGAUGUAGCGGCGAGCUUGAGCUUGUUUGCUGGAGCAAGGAGCAUGCUGUGUCUAUGCUCGAGAAGAAGGCGAAAGGGUAUACUAAAGGCUCUCCGAUUGCUUUUCCGAUGAAGUUCUCUAACGGCUUUGUUGUUGACAAGAAGAUGAAGAGAUGGUUCGAUGAUUGGCAGAAGCUGCCGUAUAUCUCUCCCUAUGAGAACGCGCUUCAUCUCUCGGCGACUAGCGAUGAGUCUGACAAGUGGGCGGCGGCUGUUUUGCAUGAGAUCUUGAAUCUUUUUGUGGCGAAGAAGGUUGAGAAAGAUUUGGUUUUGCAUCUCGGUGAGUUUAUGGGGUUGAGGUCGAGGUUUAAGAGGGUUCUACAUAACCAUCCUGGUGUUUUUUACUUCUCGAGUAAGCUUAGGACUCAUACUGUGGUUCUUAGGGAUGGUUACAAGAGGGGAGUGUUGGUGGAGGGGAAUCAGUUGGUGACGAGCCGUAACCGUUACAUGAAGCUUAUGAGUAAGGCUAAGAAAGAGAGCAAUGCUGUGUCUAGCAGGAAGAGAGAAGAUAAGGGGAAGGUAGAAGGAGAAGGAGAAGUCUGUGAGGAUGAGGCAAAGGGUGAGGAUGAUGAUGUUUCUGGUUCUGAAGUGGAGGAUGAGCGUGAUGAAGAUGUUGUUGAUGACGAAGAGGAGGAGGAUGAUGAAGUUGAUCAAGACCAGAGUCUGAAGCGUGGUCGUAGAAACACAAGUCCAAGAGGUGGUAGGAGGAGUUUUGGGAGUUUAGGUUCGGAGGAGAAGCCGCAUACAAGGUCAAGAGCAGGUAGGAGGAGUUUUGGGAAAACAGGUUCACAGGAGAAGCCACGAUCAGGGCGCAACAAGGUCAAGCUAACGACAGAGAAGAGUAGCUAAAUGUCUUAAAGACUGAAUCAAUGGUUACUGGUGUGCCUGCAUGUUCAUCUGGUUCGUUUAUUCUCCUGUUUAGUAGCGCUUAAGCUUAUCUUUUGCAUUCUCACUUCUCAAUGUAAGAAAACAAGUUUUGCUUUAGAGGUCACAGUUACAUAGUUAUGCUCAGACUUUAAAUCUGACUUUUCCAGGUGGAUUUUGCAGAAUCAUGAUAUCAAGUAAUUGAAUUG